CCUGGGAUUAUCCAAUCACAUCGAGGACUGCAAACUAACGCUGUUAACGGAACUGUAGUUUUCUUUUUACUACGCAUCCUCCCGUCGGUCACCAUUUUGGGAGUCAAAACAGCCAGCAGGCAGCAGCGGCCACCUCCACGCCUCACCGUGGCCUUACUAUGGUUCACACAUGUGUGGUGGCAGGUUGUAAGAACCGACGGACACCAGGCACCACACUGUCGUUCUACCGCUUCCCACGGGACCCAGAGAGGAAGCAGCGCUGGGUGGCUGCGGUGAACCGAGCGGGCUGGGUACCGAACGACGGCAGCCGGUUGUGCAGUACCCACUUCAUCUCAGGUAAACAAGUCAAGAAUCCACAUUCGCCCGAUUAUGUUCCUUCUGUGUUCACACCAGUUCCCUUCUUCCCAGACAUGAAGGAGCCAGGUGCCUUGGAGAUCCUGGACAAGCAGGAGGCGCGGGUCGAAGCCGCCAAUGCCCUGUUGUUCCUCCAGGGCCAGGGCAGCUCUGUGGUGGACGGGCCGAGCCAAGGCAGGCGUCACGAAAAGGAGGCGCCGGAGGCUGCUGUAGAAAAAAGCGGGUCUUCUUCCUUCAGCACCGAUGAGGACGAGGAGCACGACGAAGCCUCCAAGAGAGACAGGAAGAAAGGAAAGUUUGCCCAGAUGUCUGAAAUAUCCGUAAACUUUGACGACAUCUUGAAAGCACUGAAGAAGGAGAACCGGGCGCUCCGGGAGUCCGUGGAGAAAAUGGCUCUGUCCGAGAACGCCUUCAGGAACGACGCGGAAAAGGUCAAGUUCUACACCGGUUUGCCCAACUACUUCGUCUUAGAGACCGUGAUGUGGCUGCUGGCGCCGCACAUGGACGGGAUGAAAAACACAAAGCUGUCAAAGUUCCAGCAGCUCCUGCUGACCCUCAUGCGCCUGCGGCUGGACCUCCGCAAUCAAGACCUGGGCUACCGCUUCGGGGUGAAAGUCGGCACAGUGGCCAAAACAGUACACCGCAUGGUCAACAUCAUGUCCUCCACUCUGGUGCCGACCGCCGUCUUCUGGCCGUCCAGAGCAGAGCUCCGGAAAAACCUGCCCACUGCUUUGCGCGCAACGCACCCAGACUGCGCCGUCAUCGUAGACUGCUUCACUGUACCCCUCGAGGAGCCGGCGUCGACGGGAACUGAGCACGGACGACAAGAGACGACACUUCCUCGCGCUGAGGGAAUGGCGCAGAGUGAUGGCUCGUUGAAGUAUCUGAUCGGUGUGGCUCCGCAAGGCGUCGUGACUUUCGUGUCGCGGGGCGCUCCGGGCAGCGCCAGCGACAAGAGCCUGGCCGAGGGUUGUGGGUUUCUGUGCAAGCUUCUCCCAGGCGACGUCGUGCUGGCCUGCCGCGACCUGGACAUCGCAGACUCCGUGGCCGCCCGCGGGGCUCUGUUCAAAAUCGCCAGCAAAGSUGAAGCGAGAUCGGAGGGCUCGGCGGGGCCCGACGCCGAGUCCGAGACGGUGGUCGUGCAGAGGCACGUGGAGAGGGUGAUCUCCAUGGUAAAGCAGAGGUACACUAUGCUCACAGGCCCCGUGGAGAGCCCCUUCAGCACCGCCUGCGAGCGCACGUCCAACCUCUCAACCUUUGAUAAGAUUGUGCAAGUCGCUUGUGCCUUAAACAACCUGUGUAUCUCUGCUGCUCCGCUCGAGUGACUCGUACAGAAAGCAAUGCACUACUUAAUGCUGCUCUCCUAACCUUUGACUGUUUCAGACUUCCUGUCAUGUGACUAGUAGGAAAAUUACAUUCAUUUUCACCAAAUCCCAGUUCAGUCACUCCUGAUUAUAAGGAUUAUUCUUGAUCUUGGCUCUAACAUUUGCUGACAUGUUAAGUUGAAGAACGGAAACUCUAGUUUGGCGAGUGGAGGUGGUCCGCAUGGGUUCUGUUUUUCAAACGGUGCCACUUUCAUGCAUUUCAUACAGUUUAAAGUCCCUUUAAUAAAAUGCCACACAAGGCUCAGGAGUGGGCGGAGCCAGGAGUGAAGUCAUCCCUUCUUUCCCUGCUUUGGCACAACAUCA